UCCUUUCUUAAAACCAAGUAAGUAGUAGUAAGGGGUGCUAGUGUGUGAGAAGGUGAGACAUCAAUACUAUGUGUUCUUCUAUCUUUUGCAUUCUUAAGUAGAAUUCCGUUGCUUCAGAUUCGAAUAUUGGGUUACUUGCUGAUAGCCACUUAAGCUUUAGCUUCCUGUGACAGAAACAGUAGCAACAAAAGGAUAUGAAGCUCUUAGUAGAGGUCAUAGAUGCUCAUGAUCUUAUCCCCAAAUGGUGAAGGAUCAAUAAGUUCAUUUGUGGGAGUAGAACAAACACCAAGUUUUUCCACUCAACAAUGAUUUCAAUUAAGAGAAGACAAAGAGGUACUCCAAUCACAAUGCAAUCAAUAAACCCUCAAGUCCAAGCCCAUCCUAGCAGCCAUGAUGAAGAAUACAAUGUGAAGGACACCACCCCGCAGCUCGGGGAGCGGUGGCCUAAUGGUGGAAGAGGGUGGGCGAGUGGCGGAGAAAGAUCAACAAGCACAUACGACCUUGUUGAGCAGAUGUUUUAUCUGUAUGUUCGUGUGGUGAAAGCCAAAGGUCUCCCUCCCGGUACUCUCACCUCGAGCUGUGAUCCUUACGUGGAGGUGAAGCUGGGGAACUACAAAGGAAGAACAAAGCACAUCGAGAAGAAAUUGAACCCGGAGUGGAACCAGGUCUAUGCUUUCUCCAAGGACCAAAUUCAAUCUUCUGUUUUGGAAGUCAUUGUGAAGGAUAAAGAAACGUUGGGGAGAGAUGAUUACAUUGGAAGGGUGGCUUUCGACCUCAAUGAGGUUCCAACCAGAGUUCCGCCGGAUAGCCCCCUGGCUCCUCAGUGGUACCGGCUCGAGGACCGGCGAGGAGAAGAGAAGGUGAGGGGUGAUAUCAUGCUUGCAGUCUGGAUGGGAACUCAAGCUGAUGAAGCUUUCCCAGAAGCUUGGCAUUCUGAUGCUGCCACAGUUUAUGGGGAGGGUGUUUUCAACAUCAGAUCAAAGGUUUAUGUUUCACCAAAACUUUGGUAUCUAAGAGUCAAUGUCAUUGAAGCACAAGAUGUGAUACCAAAUGAUCGAAAUCGCCAACCAGAUGUGUUAGUCAAAGCUCAAUUGGGCAACCAAGUGCUGAGGACAAAGAUAUGUUCAGCUAGGACAACCACACCACUUUGGAACGAAGAUUUGGUCUUUGUUGCGGCUGAACCAUUUGAGGAGCAGUUGACAAUUACCGUGGAGGAUCGCGUUCACCCUUCAAAAGAUGAGGUACUUGGGAAGAUAAUCUUGCCAUUGACCCUCUUUGAGAAGCAUCUAGACCACAGGCCGGUCCAUUCUCGCUGGUUCAAUCUUGAGAAAUUUGGUUUUGGAGUGCUGGAACCCGAUAGGAGGAAUGAGCAGAAAUUCUCAAGCAGGGUUCACCUUAGAGUUUGCCUUGAAGGUGGGUACCAUGUCCUAGAUGAGUCCACUUUGUAUGCAAGUGACCAGAGACCAACGGCGAGACAACUAUGGAAGCAACCUAUUGGAAUGCUUGAAGUAGGUAUUUUAGGAGCACAAGGGCUUCUUCCAAUGAAGAUGAAGGAUGAUAACCGCGGCAGCACGGAUGCAUAUUGUGUUGCAAAAUAUGGCCAGAAGUGGGUCAGAACCAGAACAAUUCUUGACACUUUUAGUCCCAAAUGGAAUGAGCAAUACACAUGGGAGGUUUAUGAUCCUUGCACUGUGAUAACAUUGGGGGUGUUUGACAAUUGCCAUUUAGGUGCAGUGGAAAAAGCAAAAGCUACUGGUGGUAGUGCAGUCCAUGAUUCAAGGAUUGGAAAGGUAAGGAUAAGGUUAUCAACACUGGAAGCUAAUAGGAUUUACACCAAUUCUUACCCUCUUCUUGUUUUGCACCCACAUGGAGUUAAGAAGAUGGGUGUGCUUCAAUUAGCAGUGAGGUUCACUAACCUCUCACUAGCUAACAUGUUUUACAUAUAUGGCCAACCAUUGCUACCAAAGAUGCAUUACUUGCGUCCUUUCACAGUUAACCAAGUAGACAAUUUAAGGUUCCAAGCUAUGAACAUUGUAGCUGUGAGGCUUGGCAGAGCUGAACCUCCCUUGAGAAAAGAGGUAGUGGAGUACAUGCUGGAUGUUGAUUCCCAUAUGUGGAGCAUGAGAAGAAGCAAAGCUAACUUCUUCCGCGUCAUGUCACUAUUUUCCGGCUUGAUUAAUAUGGGGCAGUGGUUCAACCAAGUUUGCCAUUGGAAGAACCCCAUCACAACAGUUCUGGUUCAUGUUUUUUUUCUGAUACUGAUUUGGUACCCUGAACUGGUUCUUCCAACUUUGUUUCUCUACAUGUUCUUCAUUGGCCUGUGGAACUACAGGUUCCGCCCAAGACACCCGCCUCACAUGGAUACUAAACUCUCUUGGGCAGAAGGAGUUCACCCGGAUGAACUUGAUGAAGAGUUUGACACAUUCCCGACUUCGAGGUCGCAUGAUGUGGUUCGAAUGAGGUAUGACAGGCUUAGAAGUGUUGCAGGUAGGAUUCAAACAGUUGUUGGGGACAUUGCUACACAGGGAGAGAGAUUCCAAUCUCUAGUAAGCUGGAGAGAUACAAGAGCAACCAGCAUCUUUGUAGUGUUCAGCUUUUGUUCUGCAGUGGUCUUCUAUGCAACACCGCCAAGGGUGGUGGCUCUGGUAUCUGGUUUGUAUUAUUUGCGGCAUCCGAAGUUUCGCAGCAAGAUGCCUUCUGUACCAAGCAAUUUCUUCAAGAGGCUCCCAGCUCGAACAGAUAGCAUGUUGUGAUACAUAGGUUAAGACUUCAGUUCUAACUUUAUUCAUUUCCUGUUGUUUUUCUUCUGUUGUUGCAAUUGUACUGUUUUAAGAUCAAAACUCUCCGAGUGCUACUUAGCACAAGCUCUAUAGGCCAGGUUAAGAUCAUGUAUAUUUAUAACCCAAAAGCUUUAUCCUCAGUGAAAAGUAUUCAAAAUUUCAAAUGGAGGUUAUGUAUAUCAUAGUUUGCCAGUUCUGUAAAUUUAUCAAGAGUCUCAAUUACAAACAAGUUGUGUAAUGAUGCAAUCCACCAGUUAUCAUUUUGUAAUACAGGUAAAGGACACAUGUGAAAACCACACCAAAAAGGAAAUCAAUACAUCUGGUUUACAGAGUCCAUGAUAACAAUGCAUAUGGUCUCUCUACUAAACAAUACAACCUAGCCUGUAACAGUUAGGUCCCAAAAACGAUUCCCUUAGUCAUCGCAACCAUGGUAAUCAAAAUCGCAAUUUAAAUUGUGGGAUUAUGCGAUUCAGGACUCCGCAUGUUUUGAUCGCACCCAAGUUCGUGAUUCACAUAAAUCAGAGCAAAAUC